CUGAUCUUUCGGAAUUUACCCCAAUAUCUGGCACCAGGUUUUAUUAAUAAGAUCAUUUAGCAAUUUGUCUUACAACAUGUUUCAACUCUUCUGAACUUGUGGCCCCAUGAUGCCUGCCCAUCGUUUGCCUUACAAAAAUAACCUGUGGAAUGAUUGCACUUUUGCCUUAUGAACAUGUUUUUCUAGAUACCUUGAUGUUUCCCCUCCCACGUGAUUUAUUUUUGAACUUCAGCUGUUUUUAUUUUAUCCUUUCUAACGGCCAACUAUCUCGACAUCUGUUUUCUAUUAACCAUAACCCCCAUCAAGGGAACUGAAAAGACUAUGGGGGGUGGGGGGUGCUGCUCUCUGAAAUACCGACUUUGGGAGAGAAAGCCAACGGGCCAGUUCCUGGUGCUCCUGUAACAUGAAGUUUGCUUUAAUCAGACAUUCGUGCAAUUGGUUUUUCUCAGGCCAAACAGCUGUCCACCGGAUUGUGUUUCUUCCUCCCAAACUCUUCUGCAGGCAGCCAAACUAAUCCAGGAAGACUAACCAUCAUCUAAACUAGGAGAACAGGAAUUCCUUUGCUCAGACUUCUGGGAAAUGUAGUCCAUGCGACUGUGACAUCACAGGGAGCCGACCAAGAAAUCCCCUUCCGGCGUCUAGCACUCACAGGUACAGCUUCCUCAAAGUUUGGCGAGAGUCCUGCCCUACACAACGCGUCUCAGACAUGGAGGAAAUGCUGUCUUUUUGGGAUGUGGCCAUUGAUUUCUCUCCAGAAGAGAGGGAAUGCCUGGAGCCUGCUCAGUGGAAUUUGUACAGGGAUGUGAUGUUGGAGAAUUACAGCAACCUUGUGUUCCUUGGUCUUGCUAUGUCUAAGCCAUACCUAGUGACAUUUUUGGAGCAAAGACAAGAGCCUUCAUAUGUGAAGAGACAAGCAGCAGCCAAUGUGCAUCCAGGAAUAACCACCAAUGAUUAUAACAUUUACAAGACCAUUGAUUGUAACUCACUGUAUAUUCAACGCCAGAGAAUUCAUAAAAGGGAGAAACUCUACAAGUGUGAAGAAUGUGGUAAAGGCCUUAGUUCUCAUAAAACACUUUCCAUACACAAGAGACUUCAUACUGGAGAAAAAUCCUACAUGUGUAUAGAAUGUCAUAAGACCUUUAAUACUCGUGAAUCACUUUUUAUACAUCAGAAAAAUCAUACUGAUGAAAAAUCCUACAAGUGUGAGGAAUGUGGCAAAUUAUUUUACUAUCCUUCAAUGCUGAAGCAACAUCAAAGAAUUCAUUCUGGAGAAAAACCCUACAAGUGUGAAGAAUGUGGCAAAUCCUUUUAUACUCCUUCAGUGCUGAAGCAACAUCAAAGAAUUCAUACUGGAGAGAAACCAUACAAGUGUAUAGAAUGUGGCAAAGCUUUUUAUGAAUCAUCAAUCCUUCAGGUACAUAAGCGAAUUCAUACUGCAGAGAAACCCUACCAGUGUGAAAAAUGUGGCAAGUGUUUUUGUUCAUCUUCAUACCUUAGACAACAUCAAAUAAUCCAUUUUGAACAAAAACCCUACAAGUGUGAAGAGUGUGGCAAGUGUUUUUGUUCAUCUUCAUCCCUUAGACGACAUCAAACAAUCCAUUCUGAAGAUAGUGCGUUCAAGUGUGAAGAGUGUGGCAAAAGGUUUUCCUACUUUUCACACCUUCAAGCACAUCAGAGAGUCCAUACUGGAGAGAAACCAUACAAGUGUGAGGAGUGUGGUAAAUGUUUUUCCUCAUGUUCAUCUCUUAGAAAACAUCAACCAAUCCAUUCUGAAGGGAAUCACUACAAGUGUGAGGCAUGUGGUAAGUGUUUUUCCUUAUCAUCAUCCCUUAGACGACAUCAAACAAUUCACUGGGAAGACAAUCCCUACAAGUGUGAAGAGUGUGGCAGACGUUUUUGCUCAUCUUCAUCCCUUAGAGGACAUCAAACAAUCCAUUCUGAAGACAAUCCUUAUAUGUGUAUACACUGUGGUAAACGGUUUUCCUGUUCUAGGCGUCUUCAGGAACAUCAAACAGUUCAUACUGGAGAGAAACUGUACAAGUGUGAAGUAUGUCACAAAGCCUUUUGUUAUCGAUCAGGCCUUAGGAGACACAAGAGAGUUCAUACUGGAGACAAACCCUAAAAGUGUGAAGAGUGUGAUGAUGUUUUUCCUUAUUUUUAACUUUUAGAUGACAUUAAAAAAAAUUCAUUCUGAAGACAAUCCCUAAAAGUAUGGGGAAUGUGCCAAAGACUUUGCUAAUUUUUAUAUCCUUACUCAAUACAUGAUAUAGUUCAUACAGGAGAGAAAUCCUUCAAAUGUUUUAAGUUUACUUCUUCAAUCCUUAAAACACAUCAAAUAAUUCAUUCUGACUACAAAUUCUAUGAAUGUGUGAAGUGUGGUAAAAUCUUUGCUGAUAAUUCAGGUUUUAUCCACCUCUAAUGAAUCCAUAGUGGAGAAUAUUAAGUUAAUUAUGUUGGAAUGUCCACAUGAACACCUAACUUCCAAGAGCACAAAUGCUAAGAAUUAUGCGAGCCACAGGAAUAUGAAAUAGAAGUCCAGCUGUAUAUAAUAAGCUAUACCUUGACGAGGCCAAGGGUCAAGUGGGAAAGCCAAUCAGCAAGGUCUAUUGGUGUUUUGUGGCUUAAUAUUCAGUUGUGUCUUGCUAUGAAUUCUUUGUGCUCAUAAUUCUCCUAAAGUGUUUGUGUGUGUAUGUGUGUGUGAGUCUCCUUUUCAAAGCACCUGAAUAGUCACAUAGCAGAACCUUCUGCCUCUGAGCUCCAGGCCCCCUCUUUAUCAUUUGUUUUGGGUAUCUGCCAUUUGCAAAUACCCUCCUUUAGCUACUUCCUAAGAUAAAGUCAACCCCAAACAAAGUCUUAAAAGAUGAACAAGCAACAGACAGCUACCAGGUCAUCUGUUAGAUGCCUGAGAACCCCCCAACUUAGAUAAAAUGUCCUUUUGGAGACUACAUGUCUCAUAGGCCAAAUGCCUACCAACUAGAUGAACAAGCUUUGUUUCUUGUGCAAAUCAAGGCCUCCCCUCUCUCUCUCACUGCGCUAGAGAAUCUCUUAGAUCAAAGGGAGUUUCCCCUCAGCAGGUGUUUCAAGCUGUGAUGCAGAUUGAGUAGCUAUCAGUACUCUUCUCCCCCUCUCCCCCACCCCCACCCACCCCCACCCCAUCAGGAAACUGGUGGCAGAGGAAAAAGGUGACAGUUUUAACUUUUAGUGACCUACAGACUUUGCCUACCCUAUUACCUGUAAGUCUAUAGUUGAUAGAUUCAUAAUGCCUUGGCCUUACCACAAUAAGGAUAUAUUUAUAGCACAUAAAUUCCUUUUCUGAUUUAUCCCAACUGCUAACUGACUCCACUCUUAAUCUCUCCCCUUUUGGGUUGCAAAUAAAAUUGCCAGGAAGCCUCUAGUGGAGACCCCUACAAUCUUAUGCUGUAUACAAAAUAUAAGGUGUUACUGUCUUGGAUCGGAUAUAGACCAGUCCCGGGAGAAGGAAAGGAAGGAAGGAAGGAAGGAAGGAAGGAAGGAAGGAAGGAAGGACUGAAGGAUGGAGGAUUGAGGGAUUGAAGAUGGGAGAGAGCUAGGAUUUGAGAGAACUAGGAAUGGAGGGAACAGAGUUGAGGGAAUGAAGAAUUGAGGGAACUAGGAAGUGAAGAUUGAAGGAUUGAGGAAUUGAGGAACUGAAGAUUAGAUGGAAUUAAGAAUUGAAGGAACAAGAAGGGAACUAAGGAAAUAGAGAUCUGAGAGAGUUGAACUGGUGACUGAAUGAUGGUAACUGAGGAAUAAAUGAAUUGAACUAAAGAGCUCUGAGCAACUGGAUUUAUUCCCACGCUAUUGGUAGUUUCUUUCCUGGGCCCCUGGAUUUGUAUAAAUUUAAGGCUGGACCUUGAAUAUUAUAGAAAAAAGAAUGUCAUCAGAGAAGAGUAGAGACUUCUUUUUGUUGUAACCCCCAACAGUUUGAUCAAGCAAUAUGUUUUAAACCGCCUUGACUAAUGAGUCCCUUUCUUCUGUAACUAUAAGUAUUACAUGAAACCUUUACAUGUCCUAACUUUGUCCACAGGGUACCUGGAAUCUGAGAUCUGGGCUGUGGCAUAGUUACUGUUGUUUUUCCCAGUGGAGUCAUCUAAGCUCCUGUAAUAUCUCCCCUUGGUGUGUAAGAAUCUCUGUCUCUCUAGCAGUAUCUGGCUCCUGAAUCCUUAUUGGUAAAAUAAAAGGAGAGAGAGUUAGUUAAAACUACAAGAAGGCUCUUCCGGUCUUAGGCCUCAGCAGCAAGGCAGCAGCUGCAGAGACGCAGUCAUCAGCUGAGGCAGAGAUGGCAUCAGGUGCAGCUGCUGUGCCUCAGAUAAAAAACAACAGUUCCCAUAGAGCAAUAAUAACAGGAAAGUUAUGAGAGGAACCAAUUAUUUUCUGAUUGGAUUUAAAUCUUAUCCACAAACAGUAAUUGGUGUGAUGUUAAUUUGGUGAUAUACUUUUGCUUGGCUAGGUGAUAAGUCCUAGGGAGAAUUUAAUGCUGUUAUUCUAAUAAGUGGAUACUAACUAAAUGAACCCAAGUUAUCUUUACAUGUACAGAGUCAAGCACCUUUCAACACCCACCAGACAAUAUUAUAUGGUGUGAUAGAUGAAGUAUGGGAGCCCAAAACUGUCUCAGUUUCCCAGUUUUAAUCUGAAGUCUAUUCUUAGUCAAUAGAGUUCAAUCUUGCUUGCUCGAGGGUUGUGAGAAUGUCCUGAUUAGCCCAUAAGAAGGCACACACUAUCUAGCUAGAUGCAGACUGCUGAUGCCAGCCGGAGGUACAUGGAGAUAGAAAAUGAGACUACUUGCUCCUUGACAUAAGGCAGGACAGAUAGUGGUUGAAUGCCUGUGCUGUGCAUUGUUCUACCUCUGUCCUUCAAGACUGUAUAUAAGCUGGCUGUGAAAUAAACAAGGGACUGUCGGGCAUUGA